UGUGUGUGGAAGGGCGCGAUAACAACUCUCAAUAAUCUUUGCCAUACAAAUGUUGCGGGCCAAGUCAAGUGUUCCGUAGAGAGAUCGUCUUAGAGAUUUGGUCGGGUCGGUUCGGUUGGCUGUUGGAAGUUGGCAUUGAAUUGCCGGCAUUUUACCUUCUUCACGUGUGUGUCCUGUGUGUAUUUAAGUGGCUCUGUUAAGAAUUUAACAUUUCGUAAAUUCGUUCUUCCACCCUGUUUGGCCUGCAAUAGGUACACUGUUAAUUUCCUCGGUAGCGUUUAUAAAAUUCAAAUGUAUUACAUCCCGGAUUUUAUUGCAUGAUGGUGUUGUUGUUGUUGUUUCACUUGAAUAAAUGUAUAAAUAAAUAAAAUACGAAAUUUAAGCACCAAGCUAAGAAGCUCACUCUGCAUACUUGAGGAUAAUGAGUCUGGCCCGAGGAUGUGAUUAGGUCAUCAAACAAGCUAACACUUUCUAUAUUCAGGAUGGUGUACAGGCGGAGCAUUUGGACGGGAGUUAGUAUCCUUUUGAUUGUGUUUGUUGUAUCUGCCCUGACGUUCUACUUAAGUUUGGGACCAUGUCCCCGAGGUACAUUUGCCUGUGACAAUGGAACAUUAUGCUUGCCACAGCGUAAGAUAUGCGAUGAACGUCCGGACUGCAAGGAUGGAAGCGAUGAACACCCCGUUGAAUGUGGCAUGUUGUAUGGCAGCAAGGAGUUAAUAUCGAAUAUAGUGGCAACAGCCCAUUCACGUAAUGUCACUUCCAAUAAAGAUUGUGAAAUUCAUACAUAUCCCAAACAGUGUUCAUGCAGAAAGACAAUAAUACACUGUGGCCGAAAUUCAAUGGUUACUGAAAUUCCAAAAAUAAGUAAAGAAGUUACACAUUUGAUGGUCUUAAGCAGUAAUAUAAUUUUAAAAAAUGAUUCAUUUCAAGAUCUCAACUUGACUUAUAUUUCAUUAAUUCAUGAUAACAUAUCAACAAUUCCCUAUGGGACAUUCUCUAGUCAAAUAAAUCUUGAAAAGCUGAAACUUGGUUAUAAUAAAAUUCAAACACUGCCUAAAGGGUUAUUUCUUGGUCUUUUAUCACUUAAAUGGCUUUUUCUUAAUUCUAAUCAUUUGAAAGAAUUUCCAUUUGGUAAUUUAAAAGAUGUACCGCAACUUCAAUGGCUUAAUUUAACCGACAAUUGGUUAACACUGGAAGCCGAUCAAUUUCCCAGGAUGGAGAAUAUCUUGGAAAUAUGUCUUGAUUACAAUGCAAUCACAACGAUAGACCAUAAAGUCUUCAAACAACUGGACAAGCUACAUUUGUUGAGCUUGAAUUACAACAAAAUAACCCACAUCCAUGCGAAAGCGUUUGAAGGACUCGAAAGCAUACGAGACAUACAAUUGAUGGGGAAUCCUUUGAAAUUCUUAUCGGCUGAAACAUUUGCAAGGAAUACAUUGUUGGAUGCACUUUGGCUUGGUCAUACCGGACUUACAAUAACAACUAAUAUUUUAACCGGUAUCAAUGUAUCCUACCUUAAUUUGGAUGGAAUUGCAUUUCAAAAUAUAGACUUCAAAGCUGUUGCCGAAAUCGCCAAUCUCAAAUAUAUCGUGUUUGAAAAAUUUUACUUUUGUUCAAUGACCCUGCAAGUGCGAAUGUGCAAACCAAACUCGGAUGGAGUUUCUUCAUUUCAAGACCUUCUGACCAAACCAGUUCUACGAUAUUCUACUUGGAUCAUGGCAUGUAUCAUUUUGAUUGGAAAUCUAAUGGUACUUUGGGGAAGAUUCAUCUAUCGAGAUGAAAAUAGGGGAGUAACUAUGGUCAUUCGAAAUCUCGCCCUAUCCGACAUUCUUAUGGGAUUCUAUUUGUUCAGUAUUGCAAUUCAGGACUUUCGUUUUCGCAAUCAAUAUCAUAAGGUGUCUAGGGAUUGGAUAAGUUCGUGGAAAUGUGCUGCUAUUGGUGUCCUAGCUGUAACAUCGUCUGAAGUGUCAAUGCUGAUUUUGGCCUUUAUGUCAUUGGAGAGAUUUCUAUUGAUUGCACAUCCGUUUCGAGCCCACCACCGUUUGAAUCCGAAAAAUAUAUUCGUAUCCUUACUUUCCAUAUGGUUAUUGGGAGGUGGCGUGGCAAUUGCACCAGCAGUUUUUUGGCGAUCAAGUACUAUGUUUUAUGGAACCUAUUCGGGAACUUGUUUUCCAUUACACAUACAAGAGCCAUAUCCAUUGGGAUGGCAGUACUCAGCGUUUAUCUUUCUCGGAAUUAACUUUUUCCUUCUGAUGUCCAUAAUUGUCCUGUACACGGCUCUAAUGGUGUCAAUAUGUAGAACACGAAAAGCUACACCAUUGUCAUUGCUCGAUUGUGAGUUUGCUGUAAGGUUCUUCUUCAUAGUACUGACAGAUGUCAUGUGUUGGGCGCCAAUUAUAGUUAUGAAGAUCUGGGCUUUUGUGCGAUAUCAUAUAUCAGAUGAUACCUACGCUUGGUUAGUCAUAUUCAUUUUGCCGCUCAACUCAGCUGUUAAUCCACUUUUGUAUACGUUUACAACACCCAAGUAUAGAAAACAGAUUCUUUUACGAGGUUGGCAGAAAUUUACUUCGCGCAAGAAAAUGGAAGCUUCAGCUACGGGCACUGGAUCCAAUCCAGAUGACACACAAAGUAAAGGAAUACCUUUACUGUACAAUACAACCAGAACUCAAAGUACUUAAAAAACUACAUAUUUUAUUCUUAGAUGUAUUUACGUAUAUAAACGC